AUGAAGAUUGACGUCGAUGGUCUAACAGUAUACUUUCCCUACGAUUUCAUAUACCCCGAACAGUAUGAGUACAUGGUGGAAUUCAAACGUGCAUUAGAUGCGCGAGGGCAUGCUGUACUGGAAAUGCCUUCAGGCACAGGGAAGACUAUCACUAUCAUGUCCCUGGCGAUAGCAUAUCAGAAAGCCAACUCCUCGUUGG